AUGGCACAAGCUCAGCGCGUUGUCAUUAUAGGAGCUGGAAUCGUGGGCACCAAUCUUGCCGACGAGCUGGUCUCGCGAGGAUGGACAAAUAUUACAGUCGUCGAGCAGGGACCAUUGCACAUGCCCGGUGGCUCGACAUCGCACGCGCCCGGUCUCGUUUUCCAGGUGAAUCCGUCCAAAACCAUGGCCAAAUUCGCGCAGUACACAGUCGAAAAGUUGUUAUCAAUAGAAAAAGACGGCCAGAAUUGCUUCAAUCAAGUAGGAGGCCUGGAGGUAGCAACGACACCAGAACGACUGGAAGAGCUCAAGCGAAAGCUCGGCUAUGCCUAUUCAUGGGGAAUUGAGGCACGUCUGGUGACGGCUGAAGAAUGCCUCGAAAUGUACCCUUUAUUGAACAAGGACCUCGUGCUUGGCGGUCUACAUAUUCCUAGUGAUGGCCUUGCACUUGCUGCACGUGCGACACAAUUACUUAUUGAACGUACCAGCAAGGCCGGUGUUCGCUACUUGGCCUCAACACCGGUGACUGGUAUUGCGCAGGGAGAUCAUCGUGUAACUGGAGUGAUAACUCCCAGCGGCACGAUAGCGGCGGACAUUGUUGUUUCAUGCGCAGGUUUCUGGGGCGUUGAAGUGGGAGAGAUGGUUGGCCUUCGAAUUCCCUUGGUUCCACUGGCACAUCAAUACGCAAAGACAACUACCGUUCCAGCUCUGGCUGGCCGCAGUGUGAACGCCUUACCUAACGGAAAAAACGCAAUUAUGCCCAUCUUGCGACACCAAGACCAAGAUCUAUACUACCGCGAGCAUGGAGAUCAAUAUGGAAUCGGGUACUACGGUCACCGGCCCAUGCCAGUCGUGGCAGCAUCACUGGGCUUGACAUCCAAGGAUGUCGAUGAAAAGAAUAUGCCGUCUCGGCUCGAAUUCACAAAUGAGGACUUCGACCCAGCGUGGAGAGAAUCCCAAAAGCUGUUACCUGUUCUACAGCAAACUGAAAUCGAUGAUGGGUUCAAUGGAAUCUUCUCGUUUACUCCAGAUGGAGGGUCUAUCGUGGGCCAAGCGCCUCACCUUGAUGGCUUCUACGUGGCUGAAGCAGUAUGGGUCACUCACUCUGCUGGUGUCGCGCGCGCCGUCGCACAGGUGCUUACGACGGGCGCCUCUGACAUUGACCUUACUGACUGUGAUCUAUCUCGCUUUGAAGAAGUCCAGCUCAGCCGACCCUACGUAAACGAGACUUCUCAACAGAGCUUUGUCGAAGUCUACGACAUCAUACAUCCUCUUCAGCCGAAAGACUCCCCUCGCAAUUUACGAAUUAGUCCCUUCUACAACCGACAGCAAGAACUGGGUGCCUUCUUCCUUGAGGUUGGAGGAUGGGAGAUUCCAUAUUGGUACGAGGCCAAUGCGGAGCUGGUCAAAUGCCUCCCUGCCGACUGGCAACCCACCGAGCGAGACCCAUGGUCAGCGCGGUUUCACUCACCUAUUGCAGCCGCAGAAGCCUGGAAGGUACGCAAUGCGGUGGGGAUGUAUGAUAUGGCCUCAUUCCACAAAUUUGAGAUGACUGGCCCGGGGGCUGUUCACUUGCUCCAACGGCUCAGCACAGGUGAUUUUACUACUAAGCCAGGCAGCAUAACAUAUACCCUUCUACUCAAUGAAAAUGGCGGUACCCGCAGUGAUAUCUUUGUGGCGAGAUUAUCGAAUGAUGGUUUUCAAAUUGGUGCCAACUCUGCUGUCGAUCUGGCUUAUCUUACCAGGGAAGCUCGUCGUCAAAGCACACAAGUCCCUCGAAAGUGGGUUCAAGUGCGCGACAUCACCGGAAACACAUGUUGUAUCGGCCUCUGGGGUCCUCGUGCUCGAGACGUGAUCGAAGUUGUCAGUGCCGAUGACUUUUCAAAUAGCGGACUCCCAUACAUGUGUGUUAAGAAGGCAACUGUUGCCGGAAUCCCAGUCGUCAUGAUGCGCAAGUCAUACGUUGGCGAGUUCGGAUGGGAGAUUUACACAACCGCUGAAUACGGCCAGCACCUGUGGGACGCUCUAUGGCAAGCCGGAAAACCACAUGGAGUCAUUGCAGUGGGACGUAGUGCUUUCAACUCGUUGCGCUUGGAGAAGGGUUACCGAAUCUGGGGCACAGAUAUGACAAGCGAACACGAUCCAUAUGAGGCCGGUGUUGAAUUUGGCAUUCAGAAGGACAAAAAAGAAGACUAUGUUGGCAAGAUUGCUCUCCAACGUCGAUAUCAAGAUGGAAUCACACCUUCCCGAAAGUUAUGCUGCCUAACCAUUGAUGACAGCCGCUCGGUAGUAAUGGGCAAGGAGCCUGUGUACUACGAAGGCAAGCCGGUAGGAUAUGUUACGAGCGCUGGGUUCGGUUACACGUUUGGCAAGCCUAUGGCAUAUUCAUGGCUACCCAGCACUAUUGCCGUGGGAGAGCGCGUCGACAUUGUUUACUUUGGUAAAUCGAUUAGGGCUCGAGUUACGGCGGAGCCACUGUACGACUCACAAAUGAGACGCCUACUUGACGAUAGUCAAGCUACUGUAUCAGAGCCUCGACAAAGCUUUAAAGCUCGUCUAUAA